AUGUCCUCUACUGCUUCAGAAGACUCGUCCAACACUGACUUGAUUGAAAAUGUCCAUAACACGCUUGUCUGGCUGAAAAAUAAUCCAUGUCCUUAUGUCGCUGGCCCAGAAUCUCUCAAGAAACGUGCAUCAGUCGCCUUGAUUGUGCGCGUACAACCAUCUUAUGCCCAUCCACCAGAUAAGGCUGCCGCUCCCGCUGACAGCAUUGACUCUUUCUUCGCUCAGGACUGGGUCAAAUACGGAGAACCUGAAGUCCUGUUCAUAAAGCGUGCUGCCCGAAAGGGUGAUCGAUGGACUUCUCACGUUGCCUUGCCUGGUGGUAGACGCGAUCCUGAGGAUAAGGACGACCAACAUGCUGCCAUUCGCGAAGCUGCCGAAGAAGUUGGCAUUGAACUAUCAGAAAAUACAUGCAUCGCAGUGGGAAACCUCCCGCAGAGAAUUGUUACGACUAGCUGGGGCCGCGUACCACUAAUGGUCCUAUGUCCAUAUGUCUUUCUUGUUACACGUCAUGACCUGCCACCGCUGCGUCUUCAACCUACCGAAGUUGCUUCAACACAUUGGGUCCCCAUCCGAUCUCUCCUUGAUCCUGGCCAACGUACCGUCCACACCGAGGAUGUCAGUAACAGGCUGGCCAACCAGGAAACAGGCAUCAAAAAAUGGGCAUUGGCAGGAAUGCUCGGUAAAAUGGAAUUCAGUGCAAUUCAGUUGCUUCCUGCAGAGAGUCUAUACUGCCAUGAAUCGCCUACUGACGACUCCAACCACCAUAAGAUUGCACCACCAAGAAACAUAUUACAGAGGUUGUUGAACUUCGCCCGCUCACCAAUGUUACCUCCUCCACCACAAAAUCGACCGCUGAUAUUGUGGGGACUGACUCUUGGAGUCGUGGCCGAUUUUCUCGACUUGUUACCACCCCACAACGCGCUGGAGCUAUGGACAUAUCCCACCUUUACCAUGCCUGAUGUUCGACUAGUGAUAUGGCUCACAACCUAUAGAUUUAGAGAAACCAAGAGAUUGCAGCUCGAGUCGGAGAACCACUCAGGGCCUCCCGCUGCAGCGGUCGAAGAGGGAUUAGAUGCCGUCUCGUUGCCAGACAAUAAGCGUGGUAGUGAUGUGGGCAUGGGAGGAUUGGGUUCUGGACGCAGCCUGAGGGGGCAGUCUUUUGAAAGCGCGGUGGGGACUAUGUUGGAAGGCUACUAUGCGUGUAUGAGAAGGGGAGUCACAUAUGCCUUGCUAUGCCGAUUGCUUGGAGUGGGUACUAUCGCAGCUUUGUUGUGGUUCAGGAGAAGAUCUUUGUCAAUGGCUCUUGCCAGAUUUAAACGAUUAUAA